AAGUUUGAAUAUUUUUUUUAUUCCUUUAUUUGUUGAUUAGGAAAAAAAAAAUCUGGCUAUUUUGUAUAGCCUUGGUGUAUACCUAAAAUGGGUUGUCGAUGGAAUCCAAUUGGAUUCCAGUUCUCUUGCUUCAUGUUCUUCAUCAUUACCCUUCAGUCUCGUUCCUCAUUAUCCCUCAAUUCCGAAGGAUUUGUGCUGUUGAAAUUCCGAGCAAGAGUUGACUCUGAUCCUCAUGGAACUCUUGCGAAUUGGAAUGUCUCUGAUGAUCAUCUUUGUUCUUGGUUUGGUGUUACAUGUGUCGACAAUAAAGUCCAGAUGGUGAAUCUUAGUGGAUGUUCUUUGGGAGGAACGUUAGCUCCUGAGCUUAGUCAAAUGAGUGAAUUAAGAUCCCUGAUACUAAGCAAGAACAAAUUCUCUGGUGAUAUUCCAAAUGAAUUUGGGACUUUCCCAAAACUGAAGUUGUUGGAUCUACGAGAUAACAAGUUAAGUGGGGCAGUUCCACCGGAGCUAAACAAAAUGUUGUCACCAGAGAACUUGUUGCUUUCUGGUAACAAAUUUGCUGGUUUUAUGAAAACAAAGUUCCUGAAACUUCAAUCGCUAUAUAAAGUCCAGUUAAACAAGCAUCGAGAGCUGUCUUCUGCUUCGAGUCCUAUCUUCGACUGCGUAAAUAGAAAACUUGGAUGCUGUGUUUCAAGAAGAAGGUUGUUAAGACUAAACAAAGCACAAGCUUUCGCAUUGCGAAUUAAAUCAACUUCAAGAAUGCUGCGAAAUGAACCUCAAGAGAAGAACUAUGUCACGAAUUAUCACCCAAAUUCUUUACAGAAUGAAAGUAGUGUCCUCAAGAGGCGUGAGUUACUAGAGGGAACAAGUAAUUUAGCAGCUAUGCCUGCCCCUGAUGCUCCUAGUCCUUCUCCUGAGACUAUAACCAAUGUGUUUCCUCGAAGCAGCGGGUCUUUUCCCGCGUUAACUACUGCAAAGAAGAGGAUACCUCCAUUGAUCUCUCCUUCUCUUCCUCCAACAGCUGAGAACAACAACAACAACACAAGCGCUGAUCCUCCAAGGCAAUUUGAAGAAGAAACAAAAGGGUCUACUGCUGUUUGGUUGUAUGUUGUUAUCGGCGUUGCUGUUUUUAUAGCGGUGUUGAUAGUAAUAGGGUUUAUAUUCUUCUGCCGGAAAAGAGCUGUCAAGAGUAUAGGUCCAUGGAAAACUGGUUUAAGUGGACAGUUACAGAAAGCUUUUGUAACUGGUGUACCUAAGCUAAAGCGGGCUGAACUAGAAACAGCUUGUGAAGAUUUCAGUAAUAUAAUUGAAGCAUUUGAUGGUUACACUGUCUAUAAAGGAACAUUGUCAAGUGGUGUUGAGAUUGCUGUUGCUUCAACCGCUGUUUUGGAAACUAGAGAAUGGACAAGAGCUAUGGAAAUGACUUACCGCAGAAAGAUUGAUACAAUGUCAAGAGUCAACCAUAAGAACUUUGUCAAUCUAAUUGGAUACUGUGAAGAAGCUGAACCAUUUAAUAGGAUGAUGGUUUUUGAAUAUGCUCCAAAUGGAACUCUCUUCGAACAUCUGCACGAUAAGGAAAUGGAGCAUCUUGAUUGGAGCGCGAGGAUGAGGAUAAUAAUGGGAACUGCUUACUGUCUUCAAUAUAUGCACGAGCUUAAUCCACCACUUGCUCACUCUAAACUUGUCUCAUCAAGAAUCUACUUAACCGAUGAUUACGCAGCAAAGGUCGGAGAGGUUGCUUUCAGUUCACAAACCGGGCUUAAAUCUAGAAAACCAAUGAGUGGUGAUUUAGACCAAUCUUCAUUGCCAUUACCAGCUGAACCAGAGACUAAUGUCUAUAGCUUUGGAGUAUUAAUGCUUGAGAUUAUCUCUGGAAGGCUCUCAGAUUCAGAUGAAGAAGGAUCAAUUCUGAAAUGGGCAUCAAAGUAUUUGGAGACUGAUCAUUUGAAAGAUAUGAUUGAUCCUACAUUAACAACGUUUAAAGAAGAGGACCUUGAAGUGAUAUGUGACGUGGCAAGGCAUUGUCUGAGAAUUGACCAAAGUCAACGACCAACAAUGAAAGAUGUUGUUGAGCAACUGAAACAAGUAAUCAACAUUUCUCCAGAACAAGCUACACCGAGACUCUCUCCUCUUUGGUGGGCAGAACUUGAGAUCUUAUCCUCUGAAGCUACUUAACCAGAAAUACGAUUCUCUCUCCUCCUCUCUCUCUCAGUCUUUGAAUUGUCACACGUGUCAGAGGUUCACGCUCUUUCUCUUCUCUCUCUCUUCACGGUGGACAUCGUUGUUUUAAAAAUGUUAAAAAGUUGUUGUUUUCUUUAAUUCACCAUAUUAAAUUUGUUUCUUGGUUGGUUUUGAUAGUGUAUUUGGAUCCAGAUGAUAUAACGAUGAGUUUGUAUAAUUGUAUACUAUCACACAUUUGCCUGUUGUAUGUAUAUUUGAA